AUGCUGUGCUUUCAGUCGUACUCAACGCUCCUCAUCGCUGCACUUCUCGCCGUCUCUUACGGAUUCACGAAGAUUCCAAACAGCUACACGAUUGCGCAGAGAACAUCAGCUUGUCAAGAUUAUUGCAAGGGACAAUCAAUCUCGGUCACGACGGGCUUCGCUUUCCUUACAAGUGGAUGGCAGUUGUGCACCUGUCCAAUUGCUCAAUUGUCUGGACAAAUGCCGGCAGAGAUGUGUGAAUACAUGGGGUACUUGCGCGAGAUCGGGCGGCUCGAACAACACUGGUGUCUGUUGCUCGACGGC